AUGCCUAAUGGGAGCCUUGAGAAGUGGUUAUAUUCUCAAACCUUGUGUUUGAACAUCCUGCAAAGAUUGAGUAUUAUGAUAGAUGUUGCGUCGGCAUUGGAAUACCUUCAUUAUGGCUAUGAAUCAAUAAUUGUUCACUGUGAUUUGAAGCCUAGCAAUAUCCUACUCGAUGAGGAUAUGAGUGCACAUGUUGCUGACUUUGGCAUUGCAAAACUCUUGUGUGGAAUAGAUUCCAUGACUCAAACUAUCACUCAAGCCACAAUCGGAUACAUGGCCCCAGAGUAUGGAAUGGAAGGAAUAGUUACUAGAAGAGGGGAUGUGUACAGUUUUGGUAUCGUGUUGAUGGAAACAUUCACUGGAAAGAAGCCAACGGAUGAGAUCUUUGUUGGGGAAAUGAGUUUGAAACAAUGGGUUGCAAAUUCACCAUUGCUUAAUGCUGUGGAUGCCAACUUACAAGUGACACAAGCAGAGGAUGUUGUGAACGAGAGCGAGUGUAUGUCAUCCAUAAUGAGAUUAGCUCUAGCUUGUUCCGCAGAAUCACCGGAAGAGAGGGUGACUAUACAAGGAGCUCUAGCCACGUUGCAGAAGAUCAAGAUCAAGUUUUUAAAUGACACUACCGGAGGUGUGGUGUUGAACCGUUGUCUUGUUAAGCAGUCCUUUAUUUGA